GCGCUUUCAUUGUCCCAAUGGCUUUGUAUGCGGCCCCUAGGAGCAGGAGCUUCAAACUUCCAAUGCGACACAUAUCUGGAUAAACGGCGUCACGUAAUAUAUGAACAGCCUUGCAUUUUGCAUUGGCAUAAGAGGAUCUUUUCUCACACUAGACACCUUUUGUUAAUUUGAUACGUAUAGUUGGGACCAUAUUUGGAUCAUGUCCCUAUCUGGCUCUCACUAGGGGCCUUAGGAAAGUCAGUGCACUUUUGGACAUGCGUGUGGCAUGUACAUGUAGUACUCCUCACAAUGUUGGUACCCUACACCUUGACAGUGUGAUGUCUGGGGAUGGAUGGUCUAUGCUGGGCCAUUGGUGAUGUGACGCGCGGUUGUCGAAGUUAUUGUGGAUGUGGCCAUGAAUUGAAUUUGAGAAAGCAUGCAACAAAAUAAGUUAAGUGAGCGGCGUUUGUUUCAUUUAAUAUACCCAGGCACGUCCCAGGCACAUGUAGCAGGUGGCCCUGAAAUUUUCGUGAUGUAGGUGAUAUUUGGCAGACAAGAGGAGGCCCUGGAGAGAGACAAGAAUAUCGUACUUCCCGAAGGGCCAGAUGAGGCCGUCCUGACACAAAAGGACAUCUUACUUGAGGCAUGGGAAGCUGCCCGCAACGCCCAACAUGUCUCAGCACUUCAAUGGUUUGAUCAAGUGAAUGCCAACGCCGAUGAGGAGUUGCAGGGAAUGUCUGCCCUGCAUUGGGCACUUCAAGAAUGCUCCUCAGCAAUACCCUUCCUCCUGGAAAGCAAAGCAGCCGUGAACGCCUUCAAUUCCGAGGGCAUGACCCCCUUGCAUCAGGCUGUGGGUCUCCAUGGACCCGAACAAGUGGAAGUGGUCAAGCUGCUUUUGGAAGCAGAUGCUGAUGCCAAUUUAGCCGCCAAGGUGAGGGAGCCCCAAAAUCCCCAUGAACCCACUCCAAGCCCUCUUCAAUUGGCGAUGAAGGAAUCCAAUCUUCGUGCCCUACAAGCUUUCUGUGAAGCCGGCAAAGCCAACAAAGAGCUAAUGCAGUUUCUGAUCAGGGCCGAAGGGCCGGAUGCUGUGGAGGCUCUACAGUCCUGGAAGAAGAAGGCCAGGAUCCAGCACAGCUCCCGCAGGGGCACUUUAAGACGCAAAUCCGUCGCGCUGGGCGAACGGCGCGCCCAUCUGCGAGAGCGCCUGCGAACGGUUUUGGCAGCUCCAAGUCGAAAAGGCGAGCUUGAUGCGGCGCAAGAAUAUGCCACGCUGGAGACUCAGAACCUCUACCAUACCCCAGCUGUUCAGGUAGAUCUCUACUUCUUGCCUGGGCUCAAUGCCAGCGAUGCUUACGAACGCGAGAUGCUCAAGGCGAUGACGGAGACGAUGAAUGAAGGCAUUUUUCAAACAGAAGUGGUUGAGGCUGUGGUUUCAGCAGCCUGGAUGCAACUGCGGGCAUCUACAGCAUGGGAGAUUGUGUCCAACCUGCUGAAUGUGGCCUUGCUGUGCUACACCUCGUUUAGCUUUCGCAGUGGUCAGCAACAUUCCUCUGUAUCACUCAUGCUUGUCGCCCUGCUACAUGGCAAGAAAACUUUGGAGAAGCUUUGCCAGUACAUCAGCUUGUUUUGCAUGCAGCGCAUACACAUUCUUGACUUUGACAACCUGGCAGAUGUCGCUUACAUCACCAUUGGAUGGUGUGCCAUCUUGAGACAAGCCUCAGCUUCCGGUCUAGAAAAGCCAUUCAUGGGCUUGUUCAGUGCAUUAGCCUGGCUGCGUGCAUUAUAUACCUUCCGUGGAGAAACCUGGAUGGGUCCACGACUGUUGCCCAUCCUUUCAGCAAUUAAAGACACAAAGGCAUUCUUUGUGGUCACUGGCACUUGCCUCCUUGCAGCCACACAUUGUUACUACAACCUUCAAAUGAGGGGUGAACCAACGCCGAGCUAUGCCGCAUUCUUGCAGGUCAUACGCUUGGGCAUCUUUGGUGACUUCGAUCUUCACGAAUUUGAAGGUUUGGACACCACAUACCAGAUGAACGACGAGAAUCACCACUGGGAGCCACAGGAUCCGGAUCCUGGACCAGACUAUGUCUGGGCACACGCCCUUUUCUAUUGCAUCGGGGUGGGAAUCUUCCUCCUUCUGAUGAAUCUCUUCGUUGGCGUCUUGAGUCAGAACUUCGAGCUCUAUGAAGAUCAGAGUGCCGUUCUCUUCUACCGCGCGCGGGCUAAGAUGCUGCUGGAGCUGCAAGCAAGACCGUGGAAAUACCUCAUCUUCUCCCUCUUCAGCGCCAAGAUCGAGGCUUCCGACGACUCUGAGGCUCAGGGAGAGAAGAGCAUGAUGCGGACUCUGCUUCAAUUCUCCUGGUGGCCUUUGGCUCCUUUUUGGAUCGCCGCCUUUGGAAAAGAGCCGGACCAUGGAGGGUUGGAGCGAGAAGCUUUGGCCAACCACGUAGUUUGCCUCAUGACCCAGUACCGCUGCGGCUCUGUCCUUCUUCUCAUCUUCCUCCCAGUGUCCUUUGCCCUGUCCGCCAUCCUCGCAGUGCUUUUUCUGCUUGGCCGCUGCGUCUUCCAAUGUCAGCUUCCCGGACUGUUCUACACGGUGGCGGUGGCGCUCGGCUUUUGUGGACCUGGAGGCACCGCCACCGCGCAGCAGUCUUGGAUUUGGGUGGUCCUCCGGCCCGAGGCGCCCGUGGAGGAUCUGAGGAGUGUGCGAUCCGAGGUGAAGAACAGCUUACUGAAAGUUCAAGACCGUUUCGAGAAGAAAAUCAAUGAGCUGAGUUCGGCACAGGAGGAGCACAAGGACCUGCUGCACGGAAUGGAAGACACAUUGCUCAAGCUACAAGGCAUGCAGACGGACCGGCAGGGGCAGCUGAAUGGAAUGGAGCACAAACUGCAGGGAGUGGAAGACACACUACAGGGAAUGGAGACGAAGCUUGAACAGUUGACCACUUUGGUGGAGACGUUGGUGCAACAUCCACGUGACUGAUAAGGUUCUGCGACAGAGGUGAAGCGGUCGACAGAAGUUGGACGAAAAGCGGUCUUCGACAGUUCUGGGCAUCGGAAAGACUUCGGUCUCCAAGAAGGGACGAACAGUUUGAUGGAGUGCGGUGGCAGGGGGAGAUGAGCGUCAUUGGUCGAUGUGGAGGCCACACUAGAUUAAAUGCUUCUACCAGUCUGCGAGCUUCACAGCUUCUGCCAGUUGGCUUCUUGAAGAACGGUCUUGCAUGAUGUCCAACAUGUGGGCUGGUCAAAUGACGGGACUCUCAACCAAUGGUCCUUGUAGUUUCCUUCUUGGGGGGUUCUCCCUUCUAUUUUGAGACCAAACGACCUGUCAUCACUGGUCGUUGACCUUGAUUUGAAGGCACACACACACAUCCUUUUCACAAAGGAAGAACAGGUGGAACCUGAACGGAAUCCCAGACAUGUCCUUGGCUGGAACCACUGGCCACCAGCUACACAGUCACAUAUCAGGGACUCUAGUGACAACCGGAUCAAUGGAGACACAGAGAACCACAGAACGGUCUACCUUGGGUUAUUUAAGGUGUCUCACCCCGAGGUGUCGCAGCCUCGCCCUUCCUCUUGGCGAGGCGAUGGCCGGAAGCCGGGUUGCGAAGACCGGGACACAUGUCGACCAGGGCGGAAAAACCGCGGCGGAGGGCCUUUUUGGUCGAACGGAUGGAGUGACCUAUGAGUGGCAGUGCAGUGAACUGCUCAAGUCGAGUUGAAAUCGAUUGGCCAAUGCACUGACUUUGCAUGUGGUGGGUGAACCGGAUGGGCUGUUGGAGCU